ACAGCUCACACAACAUUUUCUUCCGGAAAUUUUCUGAAUUGUAAUUUGUAAACAAAACUAAAAAUUUAAUUUUGUUACAAUGUUCAGCCAGAAAGAUACUUCCAAGAAGUCCGAACUUCUGGACAAGGCAAAAUCUUCUCGUACUGAGCGUGCUCUCCUUCGGAAGAAAGAACAAUCUGUGGUCAGGAUACAGUCUCUUGUUCGCAGUUUCAUCUGUAGAAGAAGGUACAGGAGAGCCAUGCUGCAGAAUGUGGACAAGAUCCUCCAAGCAAACCCUGGCAUCCCAGACAAUCCUGAUGCUAUCACACAUUUUUUUCCAGCUGCUGAAGUAUACAUUGCUAUCAAGAGAUUCCUCUAUAUCUAUGAUGAGAAGAAGGAUUUAAAGAGGUUUGAAAAGAUAUGCAGAUAUCUGACUGCUAGUAUGGAAUCCAGUAAAGAUGCAAAGGUUUGGUAUGUUUCACUAGCUCUCACCAAAGAAUAUGUGUUGCCAUGGAUACAACAACUCAAACAGAUACUGUGGCUCUGUGCAUCACAACUAAAAAAACUCAAGCCGGACUUGCCAAUAGCUGCCAAAAGCAUUGCCCUUCAUCUACACAUGCUCAUCACUUUCACGGACACUGCAACAUGGAAAAUAUUCCAGAUACCAAAAGCUGAUGCUUUACGAGCCAGCAUGGGGCAGAUCUGUUCCAAUGUCAUGGGCCACCUCGUCACCAAAGGGCUGUAUCCUGUCAUCCAUACCUUGCUCAAGGAAGGCCUGACAAAGCGACAGCCAGCUCUAUCACCAACCGUCCUCAAUGCCACCAUGGUUGUAGCAUGGCGGCCUCUUGUAGCCGGUAGCUUCUCGUCCAAUCUCCUGUGCAUCUUCAUCUCUCACAUACUCCCUGUACCAGGCUUGGUCAGCCAUCUCUCAACAGCCAAAGCAGAAACGCUGACAGCGAUGAAAAACAACGCCCUCUUGCCUCAUUGCCUGAAGUACCUUAGCACCGAAGGAGGUUGCAGGACCAUCCUCUCCAUGGUAGAUGCUACCUACUCCCUCUGCCUUCUUGCCAACAUGGUUCACUUAGCUCAUCUGGAUAACGAAAGUCUCAAAAGUAAUCUACAACUGUUCAUGAAUGUGACAACUACAUUGUUGAACCACUGCCAGGCAUUUGUUGGAAAGAAGAAAUCCAACACUACAUCAUGGCAUCCUGUAUUAGGCUGGUUCUCACAGCCCUUUGAUAACAGGUUACAAGAGGCCAUGGGAUUUGUGCAACAGCAAUUACAGCAUCUUUGGGGCCAGACCAUACUUCCUACCUGUGUUCUAGGGGUGUUGAAAGGACUGCAACCAGAGGAGGUCUCCAAUCAUACAGAGGGAAAGACUCCAACUAGAGGUGGAAACUUACUGAAGAAGCUGCAACGUAUGACAUCGAAGCUUGGAAACCACAAGUCAUGCAAGAGCCUCAACUCACAAGAAGUCAUCUUAGUGUGUUCUCUAUGUUCCAUGUAUCAGACUGCACUCAGUACAUUGACAGAGCUGAGGAGAGAUAUACUCACAGGACUAAGUUACCGGGACCUGCUCCUGCCCAGACUGUGGAAGUUCAUUGCAGAGCUUGGUCCUCAUGGUGGUCUUAGAGUGUUCCAGGACUGUUUGGCUAACAGUCCCUCCGACCAGCAAUCAAUACUCUCCGUGCUCAUGCUGUUCUGUGACAGUGCUAGCUAUCUCAUUGCAAUUUUAGAUGAUGGAGAGUUUUACGAUCAGCAGAUUCCGUUUCAUCCUGAUGAUCUUCUGGCCGUGUCUUCGUUUCUCAACCUCUUUGUCUUCAAGGUGAUAUGGGAGCACAACUUGGAUGAGAAUCCUAAGCUACAGAGUCUGUUCAACUCCACGCAUACCUUACUGAUGCUGCUCUUUGAUAAAGAUUGUAGGAGACAGUUUGCUACUCCUGCCCAUUGGCUUGUCAAGGACCUGAAGAUGAGCACCUUCAAGUCCGAGUUGGAGAAGAGCUCCAAGCGAGCAGAUCUGAUCCUCCAGAAGAUACCUCAUAUCAUUCCACAUAGAGAGAGAGUGAUUCUAUUCAGGAAACGAGUAAGCGAUGAGAAGAAAUCGUUGGGUUAUACCGAGUCUCCUAUGUCCCAGCCGCACUCAACGUACAUCACAGUACAUAGAUCUAGGCUUGUAGAGGAUGGAUAUCAGCAGCUUGCAUCCGUGGCAUCCCAGGCUCUGAAAGGAUGUAUCAGAGUGAACUUCAUCAAUGAACAGGGUCUCGAUGAAGCAGGUAUCGAUCAAGAUGGAGUCUUCAAAGAAUUCCUGGAAGAGAUUAUCAAGACUGUCUUCAACCCUUCACUCAACCUGUUCAAGACCACAGAAGAACAGAGAUUAUACCCAAGCCCUACAUCUUACAUCAAUGAGAAUCAUCUUCCUCUCUUUGAGUUUGUGGGCAAGAUGCUCGGCAAAGCUGUCUAUGAGGGAAUCGUAGUGGAAGUGCCAUUCGCUCAUUUCUUUCUGAGUCAGAUCUUGGAUCACACUCACAGCACCCUCUACAGUCCGAUUGACGAACUGCCCUCACUGGACAAAGAACUCUACAAGAAUCUCACAUUUGUCAAACAUUAUGAUGGUGAUGUUGCCGAUUUAGACCUGGGGUUUUCUCUGGAUGAAGACUUCAUGGGGAAGCUCAUCACUCACGAACUCAUACCCGGCGGCAAAGCUAUAACAGUCAACAACCAAAACAAGAUCAAGUACAUCCAUCUGAUGGCCCACUUCCGCAUGUGCCAGCAGAUCCGCGACCAGACCCGUGCCUUCAAGCGAGGCUUCCUCUCCCUCGUCAACCCCCUAUGGUUGGCAUGGUUCUCUGGACCAGAACUCCAGAGGCUCAUCUCAGGGGAUGUCAACGCUCUGGACUUGAAUGAUCUCAGGAAACACACGCAGUACUACGGAGGGUUUCACAACUCCCAUCGGGUAAUCAACUGGCUGUUUGAUAUCCUCAGCAAUGACUUCACCUUCGAAGAGAGGGGGCUCUUCCUCAAGUUUGUGACGAGCUGUUCCAAACCUCCUCUGCUUGGCUUUGCUCACCUGGAACCUCCAUUCUCUAUCAGAUGUGUGGAAGUCAGCGAUGAUCAGGAUACUGGGGAUACGGUUGGUAGCGUGCUGCGUGGCUUUCUACGUAUCCAGCGUCGCGACCCAGUCAGCCGCCUCCCGACCUCGUCGACCUGCUUCAAUCUUCUCAAGCUGCCCAACUACCAGAAGAAGAGUACACUGAAGGAGAAGCUACGUUAUGCAAUCACUAGUAACACGGGAUUCGAGCUGUCAUAGCGGGGUUUGGUUUGCUUGGAAUUACAUGUACAUGUGUGUUGUGCAAUUAGGUAUGUUCUCAUCAGCUCCAGAUUGCCAAAUAGCCUGCUAUUUCUAAUUUGGGAAAUAAUCCUGAAGUUAAAAAUCGCGUCUUCAUCAGCUUGAGACUCGACCUUGGAGCUUGAAACUCGAGCUUGAGAAAUUAGCUUGAGAUAUUUUGCUCAGCGUUCACGCAUAGCG